AUGUACGAAAAACCUAGUGCUUAUUAUUUCUCCGAAGGUGCCGCGUCGGGUCCGCAGAUGAAGGCCAUCAUCAAGGCAAUAGUGUCGGCCGUGUGCGAGACGGGCCUGCAGCCGAUCGCUGUGAUAAGCGACCAAGGGACUUCGUUUCAAAGCGCCUUUAAAAGCCUUCAAGAGGAUACUAGAAGAUCACAAAUCUUAGCAGGCCAGGAGCCCGAUGACACUAUACACUUAAAUGGCCAAAGCCUUAGUGUGUUGUAUGACCCGCCACAUUUAAUUAAAAGAGUCAGGAAUAACUUCUUAACGAAGAAUAUUGUAAUGGAGGAUAAAGUCUCUAAGUGGCAGGACUUGGUGGACGUGUACCGCACCGACUGCGGCCACGCGCAGGCUCGCCUGCUGCACAAGCUCAACGACGAGCACAUACUCCCGGAGAAAAUUAAAAAAAUGAAGGUGAAAAACUGUGUACGUGUUUUCAGUCAAACCAUGGCAGGAGCUUUAUCCUACACAGCUUCAUUUUCGCACUACGCGGACGGCACACCGGUCAGCGCGACGCUGGCCAACACGGCGGAGCUGGUGGCGUUCCUCGACGACCUCUUCGAUAGCGUCAACGGUGCCAGCACGCACCACAAGCACACCAAGGGAAAGAAAUUACGGACUGCAGUGACAGAAAACUCUGAACAUCACGCUUUCUGGGCGAAGGCCAUACCUAUCAUCGAAAACAUGAAAUUCUGCGAUCAGAACGGCAAACUGACCACAGUGCCGAGCUUAAGAAAUUGGGUGACGACGUUAAAAAGUUUUCAAAGGCUGUGGCAGGUCAUGAAAGAUAAAAACAUAAAGAUAAUGCGCCCGCGGUAUUUUAAUUCUGACGCGAUCGAAAAUUUCUUUGGAAGAGUGCGGGCAUACAAUGCCAGAAAUAAUGACCCAACCUGCUACGCCUUUGAGUGCACAUUUAAGUCAUUACUAAUUACUAAUUUUAUAAAAUUUCACGAAAAUACUUAUAAUUGUGAAGAAGACUGUGCUGAGCAAGUUAUUAAAAUUCAAUCAUUGUUUUCGCACACCGAAGAAACCAGUUUAAUGGACGAGAAUACUGCCAUAUCAGUUGAUUCUGCGCCUUCCUCAUUUUCGGUCUCCAACGAUCGUGAGGACGGCGCAGAACAACUAUUGGUUCAAGCCACACGGGAGCGUCUACAUGUACACUCGCGGGCAUAUACCGCGGGAUGGGUCACUAGAAAAGUAUUGAAAACACUUGGUUGCAAAAACUGUGAAAAAGAUUUAACAACAGAAGAAACAGAUAUCCACAAAUGGAUAUCUAAAAGAGAAUAUAAUGUAAUUAAAAAAAAUAAAUUGACCUAUCCCUCGGAGCAUGCUGUGGCGUCUUUUGGCAACAUUGUCGAAAAAUCAAAUGAAUAUUUGGAACACAACGCGCAUAAAUCAAACAUAAAAAAACAAAUCACUCAAAUUUUAAUGUCCAAAUAUUCAUUUGAUUUUAUCAAAUGCGAAAUUCACCGUGAUUUGGCUAGGCAGACGUUCAUUUCUGUAUCUUUAACUCUGAGCAUUUUUAACUGGUGUAAUACAAUAAAUAAAAUUUUAAAAGGCACCGAUGUAUCGAGACUGAAUAUUAAGAACUUGCCUCUCAUGCAAGCACAGGCUUACAGGAAAUAUAAGAAAAGGUUCAGAAAUAAAUGAUAAUAAGUAUUA